AUGCCCUGUGGAUUAUCUCGACUAACUAAUCUUGGAAGUUUACCUCUCUUUAUUGCCGGUGACAAAAUUGGUGCAUGCUCAAUUAUAGAGCUUGUGGAUUUGAAGCUUUAUGGAAAAAUGAAAAUUGAGUUUUCUAAAAAUUUUAAGAAUUAUUCUUGUGGUGGAAGAAAAAUCUUGAAGAAUAAAGUUCUCAAUGAACUAUGCCUAGAGUUUAAUGGUUCAGAAAUAUAUGACAAGGACAUGUUGGAUGAUCUUUGUCCCAAUACGAGCUUAAAGAAGUUGAGCAUAUUUAAUUAUAGGAGCCCACAAUUUCCAACAUGGCUGAUAGAGUUACAACUGCCAAAUUUGGUUGAAGUUAGACUUGAAAACUGUCGUGAUUGUGAGCAUAUUCCUCCGCUAGGAAAUCUACAGAAGUUGCAGAUGUACAAUUGCCUGGAAUUGAAAUGUAUGCCGAGGCUUCCUAGAAUCCAAGAGCUUAGUAUAUCAUACUGCAGCGGAAGCCUACUCUCAUGUGUUGAAAGGCUAACUUCUCUUUCUGUUCUCAAAGUGGAUGGUUUCAAUGGCAUGACAUCUCUUCCAAGUGGUUGCAUCAGAAACCUGACAUCCUUGACGGAAUUACAAAUUUCAAACUGCGGACAACUCCAAUCUCUUCCUGGGGAUGAAAUGCAGAACCUAAAAAUGCUUCGUUCAUUGACCAUUCAAAUGUGUGAUAAUUUGACAUCCUUCCCGUCGGAAGUGGGGCGUCUCAGUUCUCUUUGUUUUCUACGAAUCUCAGAAUGUACAAAUAUAAUAUUGCAGCCAGAAGAACUCGCACAAAUCUUGAAUCCAGUGCAUGAGUUCGAUAUAGAGAUUUGUGGCAACAAAGUCAAUUUACGUGGGCAACUGCAAUACUUACACACGCUCCAAAACUUGUCUCUACAUGGUUCACAUGUUACCAAUAAUUACACGUUUGGGUGUGAAAUCCGAAAAUUAAGUAUUUGUUGCUGUGAUGAAUUGGAGUCGUUGAUGACAGUUGAACCUGCAAGCAGUACUGUGCUAGAACAACUAUAUAUAGAUGGAAUUUCCAAUCUCAUGGCCUUGCCUGACUGGCUGCAACAUCUCAAUUCUCUUCGUUUUCUAUUAAUUGAAGACUGCCCACGGUUAGAAAGGGUGCCGAGGGGCUUGAAGAAUCUACAUAUGUUGGAAUAUUUGAGGAUUGUUGGUUGCCCACAGCUGGAAAGUAGAUGCGAAAGGGAGACAGGCGAAGAUUGGCCGAUCAUCUCACAUGUUCCACAUACGUGUUUAUAUUUAAUAGACAUCUCGGAUUUCGGAUAUGGUUGGAAAGGGUUUGUUCUCCUCUGUUUCCUCGGCGAAGUUCUUGCCGUCGACGACCAAUACAUGAGCAUCACCCAGUCCACGCCUCCCGCUACACCUUUGGUGCUGCUCUAGCUCGUGAGCCCCCCAUCCCAGGCAUAAACUUCAUCAUCCAAGUGCCCAACUCAGGAUUCUUUACGGCACUCGGCCGCCUUGGCCUCAUCUCGGUUGUCGACAACCACAUAAAAGGUUUUAGUGCCUCCUUCAUCUCCCCUAAAUAAUCUGCCCACUUUCUGUCUGAUCAUGUUUUUGUACAGCAAACUCUCUUCUCUCAAGAUCUACCGAUCCUGCUAUUGCUUCUUCUCGAUCAACCAACAAUCUGGACCACAAAUAUACUCAAAAUCCAAACUUUGCAGUUAUAAUCAAGUAAUUCCAAUGUUUUAUCAUCUUUGAAGAAUAUUAUCAAAAUCCGACACUUCCUUUCACUAUACCAACCACACAAAUCACUCACUCAAUUCCAGUUCAUAUGCUUACUAGAAUUAUAGUGGCAAAAACAUAAAAAAAAUAUUUGCAGGCACAUUUUCUGAUUGGGGUUCAACUAAACAAGUUGUGCUUUGUUGGUCUUGGUUUAUCAUAUACCACAUAGAAGUUGCAUUGGUGCUUAUAAGCUGAUCUAAGUGAAACAGGACAUGUUUGUUCUUUUUUCUAUCAAUAUUUGUAUUUAUGAAAUGCAUUUUAAUUGGAUAGACCAGAA